CAGUGUGUGAGAAAAAAUUUUAAAGUUCUUCUCGUGUGGUCAUCUUCUACCUAAUUUCUCUGCUACGAUCUUAUCCCAUCUUCUUGAUUAAUGGGUUCGAAGCUUUGAUGGAUCAGAUUCGCAUCUGGGUUCCAUGGGAUUCCCUUUCUUGCAACAGAAAUCACAAAACUGAACUUUAAUUUCCUCCCUAUUUUGAUUUCAUGUUGUAAUCUUUGAGAUUUUAUGUACCAAGGAGGAAGGGUUUGAGCAAAAUCCUCAUUGUGCCAACCGUCCCAUCACUUUCUCGAGAAAGCAGAGUCUGUAAAAAUGGACGCCGUGAAGAGAAGAUGGAGGAAAGCUCUGUGGACGACGACGUUCGGCGGGAGGAGUCGGACCAAAUCGGUGAAACCCUUUUCGGCAAAAUCAUCAUCGGAAGAGGAUAAUAGUAAGAACAAAUCUACGAAAAGCCAAGUGGCUCCGGGGGGUUGCUUCACCGUCUGCGUCGGAGACGAGAAACAGAGGUUCUUCGUGAAGACGGAGUUCGCGGGGCACCCGCUGUUCAGGACGCUACUGGAAGACGCGGAAUUGGAAUAUGGGUACAAGAGCGAUGGACCCAUUGUGCUUCCCUGCGACGUCGACGAGUUCUACGGCGUUUUGGCGGCGAUGGACUGCGGCGACGAGGAGAUGGGCCCGGCGUCGCCCGGUUGCGCUCCGUUUCUCUGCAGCCCGUCUCGCCGGCCGGCUACUGGAAACGGUGAGAUGAGAGAAGGGUCUGGGUCGUAUGCGCCUCUCAGCCCGUCUCCAAUGCGCAAGAUGAAUCACUCCAAUUUUGUAUUUAAAUAAUAAAUAGAAGAAUCGAAGCAUAAGAAAAACCCAUAACCCCCCCUCUGUUUUUUUAGCUUUUUGAAUAUAAAAGAAGAGAGAAGCUUCGAAUGUUCAUGAUUACAAUAGUUUGUCUGUUUUAGGUUUUUUCUCAGACUGUUUUCAGUUGGAUUUGAGUUUUUGAAUU